AUGUCGAACAAAAAGAUCAUCACUGCCAUCGGUUCUGCCGGUUCCCAGGGCGGCAGUGCUGCUCGUGCUAUCACCCGAGACCCAUCGGAGGACAAAGCCAAGAAGCUUGUCGAACGGGGUACUGAAGCUGUCGCUCUGGCGGUCGGAAAGGGUAAUUUGAACAACAAGUUCUCUCUUGUCAAGGGCUUCACUGGCGCAACUGCAGUUUUCGAUGUCACCAAUCAUUGGGAAAGCAUGAGUAUCGACCCCGAGAUCCAGCAAGGCAAGAAUAUUGCUGAUGCUGCCAAAGUAUUUACAGACGGCAACCUUCCUCAUGUUUAUCACUUCAAUGGUAAGGCUCGUAUCGAAGAGUAUGCGAGAGAGUGUGGCGUUCCCUCGAGUUUCUUCCUUCCUGGCAAGUAUCUGCAAUCCCUGAUAGACUUCUUCCGACAGAACGAAGGUGCCCGGGCUUUUGCUGCUCCCAUGCCAGAAUCCGCGCCUAUUCCCAUUUUCGAUGUUCGCGACACCGGGCAGGGCGUGAAGGAGUCAAUGGGUACGCCAAAUUGGGUAGCUGGAGAAGUGUUGGAAAACAUGCAGCUCGUUGCCGAACGCGGUUACUUCGCUUUUGAGCCACUUGAUGACACCCACGCCGCGCUGGUGGGUAACAAGCCGACCUCCUCGAUCGACUUUUUAAGGGGGCAUGAGUCCCUCAAGGACCUGAAGCAGCUCAGGUAA